AUGAUCAAGGGGCUCAACGUAUACUGCUUCAUAUGCGGAGGCCCAACUUGCAAACAGUUCGCCGACUGCGACGGUAUAUCUCUUCGGGGCUCAAACCCAGCCCCAUGGGACGAACUGCCAGGCCUCACUUCCUCCGACGCAUCCUGGCUCUGCGAUAACACCGUCGCCGUCUAUGCAGAUUGUAUCUCUCCUCCCGGCAUCUACCAGCGCAAAGAGAACCGUCUUAGGCCCGCUGCGAAGAUUGAGACCGUACUUGGGCGCAUGUGCUUCAGUGGAUUCGCAGGUGACUUGGACAAAUAUCUUAGAUGGGGCGGCGAGGGGGAAAGAGAGUCAUACCGAGAGCUUGAGGAGAUGCUGCGGGAGAUGGAAUUUGUUGAUGAUGGCAUACAUCUGGAUUCUGGUUUUACUCCGAACUGGGCGAGGGCGAUGCGGCCGGGGGAUAUGACGGAUUAUCCGGUCGACAUCGAACAAGGCGUCUACAUCGCGCACGAAACCUGCCUCUUCCUCGCAACGGCCUGGUCAAAGACGCAGAAUCCCUCACAUUAUGGCGAUUCAACGAUUACUGGUGAGCCCGAGCCCGACGAUGUUCUCAAGUUUGGGAUGUGUUCGGAUCAGAGGACCCAUAUUGCUUCAUUCUUCGUCUACGCGCUCCCCGCCCUUAUACCGAACCUCGUCCCUACUUCUUUGGAGCCAGCAACAGCGGCUUUUUUCGCCAUGACACGAGCAAAUCUCUCCAAGAUCGGAGUAGACCCAGAUCUAUCGUUCACACGCAUUGACCUACAACCCGUCUUACGCGAUUUUCUUCACGGUGUCGAGCCAACCAAGCGUUCAAAGGCAGGAGGCACAUGGCUGGAGGGAAGGAAGAGCCACAACUUCUAUCACCGGGAACAAUACGGGAUCGCACAUCUUAAACGUCCAGAUACUUUCCCUGUUGUCAGCCAGAUCCAAAAGCCGAAACCGGUCCGCCUCUCGCCAUGGACUGUCAUCGGUAAUCCUAUCGCUCCGAAGGCAUUCAAGCUCUUUCCCACAUCCACCAAGGCCACCCGUGGCCACAGCCUACCUCUGGAAAUCGUCCUGCGCAUUCUAACGAUAGGCGAUAUCGACGACUCGGACGUUCGCUCGCUCGAACGCGUGUCAAGAUCGUGGAAGGAUUUUUUCCGCACGCCCUUCAUGCAGAAAGCGUGGUGGCGCGACGUGUGUUGUAAAGUGCCCUUCAAUGGGUGCCUGUAUCUUCCCACAGCGGCGGACUGGACGAUGAGCGCGGAGAUGGUGAGGAUUGCGUUGAAGAUGAAGGGAAAGGACGCGGAGUGUUAUGACUGGAGGGGAUAUUUCAUCAGGGCGAGGAAGGAUUUGAACAUUCAGAAUCGACGAAGGAUCUUGGAGGCGGUCAUGCUCUUGGAUAACAUGAUCAGGUCGCCGGCGAGCUCGACGUGAAGCGGAGCUGUAGACGAG